GUUGGUCCUUGGUGUAGGAGAGAUAUAAAGUUUCUUUGAGUUUGAUGUACUAGUCUCUUUGUGCCAGUUAAUUGAGAGAAUUGUGAUAGUUUGUGAAUAAUAUUAUUGUCGUAAAAAUCUCGAAAAUUUUGUUGAAGAUGCUCAACGAAAUCAAUAGAGCGAGCUUGUUCCUAUUGAAGCUGAUGCGUUCUCGCGACCGCUUGUCCAGGGAAAAGACAAUCUCGCUGCGAGACGCUCUGGUGACCGUAAUGGUGACCCGCUACCACAACCACUGGUUCCCACUGACGCCGCACCGUGGCUCUGCCUACCGCUGCAUCCGCGUCAACCAGCAGAACAGUGAUCCUGUGAUCACGGCCGUCGCGCACAUCACCGGACUCAGUGCCAAACUCAUUCGCAGCUGGCUUCCACUACAGUUCACCAUGUGGGUGGACCCGAAUGAGGUCAGCUACCGCAUCGGCGAGAAUGGAAGUGUAAUGGCUGUGUUCGUGCCCGACAUCGAGGAUAUCCAGAGCUUCAUUCCCGACCCCAUCCCUGAACUGGAAACAGGCUUGGACGUGUUAGAAAGAUGUCGGAAAUUGAUCUAUGCUCAAAGUUUGGCUGCUCAGUUGGCAAGUUGGCUUCCUUAUGGUUGCCCAUUCAUCAUCUACGUAUUUUGAUCUCUAUUAUUAUUCUGAUGAAAGCCUAAGUGAUCUUAUUAAGUAUUUUUACUGUGAUCUUCAACCUUGCUAACGGGUCUUGUGUUUUGAGGUUUUCAUAGCUACUUUUCUUCAGUUCUAAUUUUAGUAUUCUGUCAAUACCAUUAUGAACGAUAAUCGGCUCUUUACUUGGAUUCUCA